AUGGGCCUGCGGCGCCGGCCUUUCGCAUCCCUCAGUGUGACUCGGCGUUGGGUUCACUCCUCUUCCACCGAACCCGCAAUCUCCGCCUUCUUUCACGCUACAACGCAAACUUGGCAAUACCUCCUUCACUGUGUCCAGACUCGCCGCGGUCUCAUCAUCGAUCCGGUUCUUGACUACGAUCCUGUACGCGGACAUAUCUCUACCGAAGCUGCCGAUGGGCUGCUCUCGUUUGCAGCGAACUCAGGUGUCCAAAUCGAGGGGGUCUUGGAGACACAUGCGCACGCGGAUCACCUCACAGCAGCCGCCUACCUAAAGCAGCGACUCGGACCCUCCGUCUCCGUGGGUAUCGGCGCCAAUAUCAUCAAGACUUACGCACACUUCCAACCAAUCUAUGCUCUUCCCGACAUCGCCUCCACUCCCUCGAACCUCCCCUUCAACACCCUCUUCCACGACAAUGAUACCUUCCCCCUCGGCUCCGUUUCCGUCCGCGUCCUCCACCUUCCUGGCCACACCUGCGAUCACGUCGGCUACGCAGUUGGCAAGAACGUCUUCGUCGGUGACUCCAUCUUCAUGCCCGACAUCGGUUCCGCGCGGACCGAUUUCCCUCUCGGAAGCGCGGAGGAUCUGUGGAGGAGUGCGAAACGCCUACUAGACCUCCCGGAUGAUUGGCGACUAUUCGUCGGACACGACUACCCCGAAACCAAAACGCCUGAGGCCAGGCGUGAAGCAGCCUUCGCGACCGUCGCCCAACAUCGCAGACACAACAAGCACAUUGCGGAAUCCGUCACGCUCGAGGAUUUCAUCCAGGCACGAGAGGAGAGGAACGCGAGCCUAGGAACGCCGAGGCUGUUACACCCGAGCAUCCAAUGUAAUUUGCGAGCGGGGCGGUUGGGACCUAGAGAUGCGGAUGGCAAUCUGUAUUUCAGGACGCCGUUGAGAAUGAAGGGGAUGGGUGAUAAUGUUGCGGCGGAAAUCAUUGACUGA